AUGGAUUCAUUUGUGCCAGCAGAUAGUGCACAUAUUGGAGUGAAUGAUAAGAUAUUCAGCAGGGUUGGCGCAACGGAUAAUAUAAAGGCUGGUUAUUCCACCUUCAUGGUGGAGAUGAUUGAAACAGCAACCAUAGUCAACCAAGCAACAGACCGUUCCUUGGUAAUACUUGAUGAAAUUGGUAGAGGAACAGGAGUGUAUGAUGGCUUAUCUAUUGCUCAGGCGGGCGUUGCAGAUGAGUCAUAUGGAACACUCGAUGCUAGUACACAUAGGGAAGCAUUAUUGCUGCUUAAGGAAAGCUCCAAUGAUUUGAUAUAUAAACACAAAGUUAUGAAACAAGCAUUCUCUUCUUCAGCGGACAAUCGUAGUUUUUAG